AUGUCAUUAUUCUUAACCAAUACUCCAAGUGGUAGCAAUGGCAGUAAUAAUGUGAGUGACAAAGCGGCAACCAAUACAAUGCAGUUUUUGACGUUUCCAUUUCGACGGCGACGAAAGCAUUAUACAAUAAAUCCGCCGGAUGACACUUAUCACGUUGUUUACCUUGGUAAUGUAUUGACCGUCAUCGCUAAAGGUGAGGAAUGUUUGGAGAAGCCCAUUUCGUUAAUUUGGCAUGCAUAUUGCAGUAAGCAACGCGCGGAUCUACCUAUGAAACUCACCGUUACACGUUCCGGACUUAAGGCAGAAACAAAGCAGCAAAGUGUCACGGAGUAUUGGUCCCAUCGCAUAACAUAUUGUUUGGCGCCGUCAAAUUUGCCACGGGUAUUUUGUUGGGUUUAUAAGCACGAAGGGAAGAAGAUGAAGCCGGAGCUGAGAUGUCAUGCAGCACUAUGCAGAAAACCGUCGGAUCCACAUAGAAUAACUCUGACACUCGAACAUUAUCUCCGAGCUGCUCUUCAAGAGUAUCGUCGUGAGAAGUUGUAUCGUCAAAACGCUCGACUCAACGCCAUUACUAUUGGACAACCAUCCGUUGGACCUAAAAGGAAACUGUUGUUACAAACGGGUUCACUCAAUUUCCGUCCUCCAGUUGGCCGUUCAAAAAGUGCUCCAAGAUUAUUUGCUAUUGAUGAGGAAAAUGAAUAUCCCGAGGAACAACAGGAAGAAUAUUCGGACGCGGAUUCACUAUGUUGCGAGGAAUCGCCGAUCAUUGGUGAUGCUUAUAGUACAAAUAGUUUGGAAAGUAGUGAGACAGCGGAAAUUCCCGUCUUUGGGCAGGAUUUUUUUCGCGGGAGUGAUGGUGGGGAACAGCACUUAAUGAGGAGACUGUGUGAUAAGAGCCUAGAGCAGGAAGAGCAGCGGAAUGGAUCAUCAACGACUAGUGACUUUACUUCAAGCUUAGAAUCUGGUCCAUCCAGUAAUAGUUCGGAUGAUGGGGUGCAAUCCACCGAUUCAGAGAAUCGAUCAUGGGAAGUAUGCAAGUUACCGAACGCAGAAAAACGACCAGAUCGAGAAACAGAUACAAUUAGCGAAGAGUCUGGUUAUCAUGAUUUUGAUGAUGGCUUUAACAGUGCCACUACUGACGAUGAUAAUGGUGGUCGGAGUAGUGAAGUUCAUUACGAUGAUGACGAAAGUCAGUACGAUGAGCAAGUUACUGCACUGUAA